CGGCUGACGGCGCUUGCGCCGCCCGGCUCCUCCUCCGCCAGCGCCGCCGCCGCCGCCGCCCCGCCAUGGCCGCUUCCUCCUGCCGCCCCGCUCCGCCGCGGCCCGCCACCCACCUGAUCUUUGACACGGACGGCCUCCUGCUGGAUACUGAGCAUCUUUAUACUAUGGUUUUUCAAGAAAUCUGUGAACGCUUUGGAAAGGCGUAUACCUGGGAUUUGAAAUCAUUAGUCAUGGGUAAAAAAGCAUUGGAGGGAGCACAGAUUGUUCGAGAUGUCCUUGAGCUUCCGAUGACCAAAGAGGAGCUACUGCAUGAAAGUAAAAUGAAGCAGGAAAAAAUAUUUCCUAAUGCUGCAUUGAUGCCAGGGGUUGAAAAGCUGAUCCGCCAUCUACACCAACACAAUGUACCUAUAGCUAUUGCCACUAGCUCAGCUGGAGUGACAUUUCAGAUGAAAACAAGCAAACACAAAGACUUCUUUAAUCUAUUUCAUCAUAUUGUGUUGGGAGAUGACCCAGAUGUGAAGAACAGCAAACCACAGCCUGAUGCAUUUUUAGUUUGUGCAAAGAGAUUUCACCCUCCUCCUCCUCCAGAAAAGUGUCUUGUAUUUGAAGAUUCUCCACUUGGGGUUCAAGCAGCACUGGCAGCUGGGAUGCAAGUGGUUAUGAUUCCAGAUGAAAAUUUGAAUCAAGAUCUUACAAAGGAAGCAAAUCUAGUGCUGAAAUCUAUGGAGGACUUUGAACCAGAAUUGUUUGGUUUACCACCAUAUGACUAAGGACUAAUAUAUUUCAACAUGUUCUUAGUUGGAGAUUGGGGGGUAGGGAAUGAAAAUUCAGAGUAAAAAAAUAUCUAUUUUUCAUUUUUCUUGACAAAAUAAGACAAUGAUGAAAGACAAGACUUUCAUGAUUAACUUUUAAAUUUUCCUGGUUACUCUUGAUUUGUCUUCUUCAGUGCUAAGUGGAAGGAAUGUUUCUUCUUGCCUGUUCUUCAGCUAUACUAGUCUUGUCAUCUGCAUAAAGUCAUGUAUACUCAGUGCAUUUGCAAAACUGCAAAGACAAUCUGCUUCAAACAUGUGGAAGUUUUUGCUCUGGUUUGCUGGAAUAACAGACUUCUUAGAAUAAUGGUGCUCAACAUUUUCCUUGUUACGGAUAGGCUGUUGUCCCCUUAUAUCAUUGUGCAGCAUAGUUACCACUACCUAUUCCUUGUCUAUCCCUUUGUCUUUUGUGUUCUUAUCUUCUGGUUGGAUUUUUUGUUUUUGUGUGUUUUACUUUCAUGUUGUUCUUUUUUUGUUCUCUUGUUUUGAGACUUCCCCUUUCUGGAAUGGGGUGGAGGGGGAACCCACUGUCAGCUUCCUAUGGUCAUGUGCUCUUGCAGCUCAACUGAGCGCUGUGUAAGCCUCUGUAACUCUGCUAUGCCCUACUUAUUCCCCCGUCUCAUUUCACAUAGCCUGUUCCCCAUCCAUUUUGCUCCCCCAACGAUUACAGCCUUGUAUUUCCAUUUUCAGCUUCUCACAUAAACCUUUCUGGGUUUUUUUCCAUUCUUUCAUGUUGCCCCCUUUAGAGUUCAUGAGCUUAUGCAUAAGGCCCCCUAUCUUCUCCACAGUUAAGUCCUUCUGAAGACUCUUUACGUUAUUUUUACUACAGAGAAUUCUGCUGAUUUAAUACCGAAAGUAAUAUUUUGGUUUGUUUUGUAGCUUAACCUUGUUUUACCAAGCACCAUCUUUGCCACCCUAUAUGUUAUAUUAAUUCCUGCUAAUCUGGGUCCAUUUCUGUCUAUCUUUAGAUUGUGAGCUCUUCAGGAAAGUGACUGUAUUUUCUUUUUGGAAAGUAUAAAGUACAUUGUGAGUGCUACCAUAAACAAACAAAUAAGUAUAAUUUGUAUGGUGGAACAUAUCCAGGGUUGUGAAAAUUCUUUUUCCCUACUGCUGUUCUCCUCUGUGUCUUGACUUUCCUGUACUACUUUGCCCCAGCCCCUGGAUUGGGAAACAGUAGUUUAAAGGCUCUUACCUCUUGUAUGGAGAUAAUGAUUGCAUUAUAAAUUUGAAAAAAAAAAUCUUUUAGCUGUGGAAAGCCCUAAACUACUCUCGUAAUCACAGUAAAACUUCUUUGAUGAAGAUAGUGAACGUAAAAAAUGCUGAAGAUAAGAAAUAGGUUCGUCAGUGUUUUAUUUCAGUGAAUAAUAUCAGAAGUUUCCUUCUAUUAUGCAUGUGAAAAAAAAUUAAAUGGUUCAAUGAUUAGAGUACUGUUUGUUCAUUUUUUUUAAUAAGUGGAUUGUUGAGAUAACAGAAUGUAACUCAAACAGGAACUCAGAGAUCAAAUAUUUUUUCUAGCAUUUCUGCAGUUCUCUUUUCAUUUUUAAUAAAAAGCAAAAAAUAAAUUAACAUUGGAAGACUCACUAAAAUUCUUAAAGAUAUUACAUGGAUUUUUAAAGCAAA